UUUUAUUCACACAUCACUCUAAAAUAAAAACUCUCCAAUCCUCACUUGCCAAGUCUCACAGUAUCAAGGAUCCUAUCUGCACACUGAUCUAUCCAAUUUCAUUCUCAAUCUUCAUUCUCUACGCAUCCACACUCGCACAAGUCAUCAUCAUUGCGAGGAAAAUAAAAAAUCAGAAAGAAGAGCGAGAAGAGUUCUGUAGAGAGAAAAUUGAGCUCUGGAAAUCGACGCUUCAACGGAGUGAAUGUAGCUCUGCUUUGUGGAAAUUUGCAAACGGAGGAUGGCAAUUAUCAUUGCAGCAAAUAUGUGUUCCAUAACAAAUUCCAAGACGGUUGAAGGGAUCAAAAGAUUUGUUAAUGAAGAUAAACUGCAAUCCAGGUCUAAUAUUGCAUUGCCUCAUCUGGAAGCUUCAUCAAGUCGCAGACAUCUUUUAGUGAGUGUUGGCCCUUCAUUGGCUACCUUGGCUUGUGGUUUGUCACCAUCAGUGGUAUGGGCUGAAGAGAGUUAUGGUGACAAACAGGAAGAAGAAGAUAAAGGGGUUAUUGGGGCUAUCAAAUCAUUAUUUGAUCCUACUGAGAAAACAAAGUCUGGGAAGGUGUUGCCUAAGGCUUACCUAAAGUCAGCAAGAGAAGUAGUGAAAACACUGCGUGAAUCUUUAAAUGAAACCAGUGAUGACAUUGCCAAAUUUAGAAGGACUGCAGAUUCCGCAAAGGAGUCAAUUCGGGAAUAUUUGGGCAGUUGGAGGGGAAAUCAAACUGUUGUGCAAGAAGAAUCAUAUGUUAUUUUGGAGAAAGUAAUAAGAUCUUUGGCAAACUUUUACUCGAAGGCAGGGCCAUCAGCUACACUGUCGCAGGAAGUUAAGUCUGAAAUAUUAGAUUACCUAAAUACAGCUGAACAAUUUUUGUAGAAAAGGUGUUGCAGAAAUGACACCAUUUUAACUCCCUCGAGUUAUUAAGCACAAUUAUUCUUCAAUCAAAUUAAUUUAAUUCCAAAAAAUUGAUCCAACUUUUCUUGU